GUUGAAGAUGCUGCGUUUGUUGAUUUUCGCAGUAAGCGUGACCCUGGUAUUUGGGGCCGCGACAAAUGUACAGAUCACCAAUGAAUGGCCAGGUGGCUUCCAGGGCACCUUCACCAUCCAUCCUGACAAUGAACUGCACGGCUGGAAAGCACACCUUCAGUUCUCCAAACCAGUCGAUAAAGUCGAGAUCUGGAAGGCAUCUGUCGUCGCCACGACCAAUAAUAACCAGGAGUACGUAGUACAAAACGUCCCUGGGGUUGGUGACAUUGGCGGUGGGUCCAGCCUCGAUGUUAUAUUUGUUGCGCGUGCCUCCGGAGACCAUGCUGGCCCAGUCAGGGUUUUUGUAGAAGGAGUUGAUGCAGGAGGAAGUACAGGCGGUGGUAGUACUGGUGGAGGUGGCAGCACUGGAGGAGGUGGCAGUACUGGUGGUGGUUCUUCCGGUGAUGGCGGAUCUACGGGAGGAUCAGGUACUCCCAUUUCCGGUGGAUCAUCAUCACUUGGAUCUUCGACAAAAUAUGACUAUGGCAAUGCCCUCGGACUGUCAAUUCUGUUCUACGAUGCUCAACGAUCUGGUAGACUCCCUUCUAACAACCCUAUCCCAUGGCGAUCUAACUCUGCUCUCGGAGACGGAAGUGACGUUGGAACAGACUUGACCGGGGGGUGGUAUGACGCGGGAGACCUUGUUAAAUUCAACUUCCCAAUGGCUUCUACUACCACAAUCCUGGCAUGGGGACUGAUCAGAUGGAAAGAUGGCUACGAGGCGGCUGGUCAGUUGGAAAUGAUGUACGAUUGUAUAAAAUGGCCACUCGAUUACUUCUUGAAGUGCUGGAAACCAAGUCAGAAUGUAUACUACGCUCAGGUUGGCAACGGUGGAGCUGAUCACGCAGUCUGGGGCCGACCAGAAGACAUGCACAUGGGUAGACCAGCCUACAAAGUGGAUACUGGAAGACCCGGAAGUGACGUUGCAGGGGAAACAGCAGCUUCUCUUGCCGCUGGAUCUAUUGCUUUCAAAACCAGAGAUGCUGGCUAUUCUACUAAGCUUUUGACAGCUGCCAAGAGCUUGUACGAGUUUGCGAAGAAUCACAAAGGAAUCUACUCACAAAGUGUACCAGACGCUCAGAGCUAUUACGGAUCUACGGGCUAUAAUGACGAACUGUGUGAGGGAGCUAUGUGGUUAUACAAGGCUACACAAGAAGGACACUACCUUGACGAUGCCAAGGGCUUUUACGAGGCCGAUACCAGCUGGGCCUUGUCCUGGGAUGACAAGAAGGUCUCUUGCCAGCUGCUAUUGUGGGAGGAGACACAGGACGCCAAGUACAAAGGAAACGUUCAGGACUUCGUCAACAGCUACAAACCAGGUGGCGGAAUCACAUACACACCAUGUGGACUCGCCUGGAGAGAUCAGUGGGGAAGUCUUAGAUACGCUGCUAACGCUGCCUUCGUGGCACUGAUGGCGGCCGAAGAUGGAGUGGGAGGAAAUGACUAUAAGACAUUUGCGCUAUCACAGAUCAACUACAUCCUCGGGGACAACAGACAACACAUGAGUUUUGAAAUCGGGUUCGGCAGCAACUAUCCUAAACAACCUCACCACAGAGGAAGUUCAUGCCCCGGCGCUGGAUGCGGAUGGAAUGACUACAACAGCGGUGGUGCCAAUCCACAUGUCCUAAAGGGAGCGUUGGUCGGUGGGCCUGACCAAGGAGACAAUUACGCCGACAAAAGGUCUGACUACACCAAGAACGAAGUCACGUGUGACUACAAUGCUGGAUUCCAAUCGGCACUCGCAGGUCUAUCGUCAUUUGCCAAACGUGGAGAACUCCCAGGCUCUCCUGCCGCUAAAUGUUAAAGUUGUAAAUAGUGUGAUCAAUACAAUAUCUUGUUUUUUUUAAUAGUGUUGUCAUGUCUUAACAUGUAUACUUCAAAAUAGUGCACUGUGCACCGAUAAUGUGCCAGAAAUGAAAAAUAAAAAGUCAUUUUAAAAUGUGUUCCCAAUACUUAUUGGUUAACAUCUUUACGUAU